AAAAAAAACCAGGUGACAUAGCAAAAAAAAAAAGGUGUUUUGUUUUCUUCCCCUCUUAUUAUUCCGUCGAUUUGGGGUAUUUCUUUCUUAACCUAACAAGAAGAAAAAGUAAAGAAGUGAUUACUAGCUAGAAGCUAGCACAACCAUGGCGAAUCGAUGGUGGGCCGGAAAUGUGUCCAUGAGAGGCGUGGACUCCAUUUCCUCACCUCCUUCUCUCCAACUAAGAAACUCAACAACUGACGAAGACAACGACAGCAACAACAACACAACUCCGACGAAUAGCAGCCCCAGAGACGACGACAACAACACCCACGACGGCGACGAGAGCAUCGACCCGGGAAGCAGCGGCGGCGGCGGAUCCGGGAGCGGCGGCGGAAGGAGGCCGCGUGGCAGGCCGCCGGGGUCGAAGAACAAGCCGAAGCCGCCGAUAGUGAUAACGAAGGAGAGCCCCAACGCGCUUCGGAGCCACGUGCUGGAGAUCAGCAGCGGGAGCGACAUCGUGGAGAGCAUCGCGGCGUUCGCGCAGCGGCGGCACAGGGGCGUAUCCGUCCUUAGCGGGAGCGGCAUUGUCACCAACGUCACGCUCCGGCAGCCGGCGGCGCCCGGGGGAGUCCUCACGCUGCACGGCCGCUUCGAGAUCCUCUCCCUCUCCGGGGCCUUCCUGCCCAGCCCCUCGCCGCCGGGGGCCACCGGUCUCACCGUCUAUCUCUCUGGCGGACAGGGCCAGGUCGUUGGCGGCGCGGUGGCCGGUGCUCUCGUCGCGUCCGGGCCGGUAAUCGUCAUCGGUGCCACGUUUACUAACGCCACCUACGAGCGGCUGCCUAUCGAGGAGGAAGGCGGCGGUGAAGGGUCGCCGUCGAUGCCGGUGCAGCAGCAGCAGCAAUCCGGGGCGAAUAAUUCAGGAGGAACUCCGAUUAGUAGCGAGCAGCAGCCACCACAGCAACAACAACAACAGCAAGGUUCUCCGGUUCCUCCAAUGUAUAAUUUGCCUCCGAAUUUGAUGCCGAAUAAUGGGCAGAAUAUGCCUCAUGACAUGUUUUGGGGUCCACCGCCGCGGCCACCUCCGUCUUAUUGAGAGGAGUUAUAGAAUUCGAUAUAUGACAUACAUGUACGAUUAGUAGUAGUAGUAGCAGCAGUAUUGGAUGGCUUUUUGUCUUUGUGCAAAAAUGUUUUGGGUUUUAAUUUGUAAGCAAUAGCCAGGUUAGGACUUCCUCGUUUCAAUUUCUUGUGAAUGCUCUCUUAAUUUGUUGUUUCUAAUCAU